AUGUCACUUCCUGUUAGGAGCGGCUCGAUUGUUACAGACGCUGAGCUCAUCUUCCGCCCUGGCCAAGAUGGCGUCCUGACUGCUGAGAAUGUGACUGACGUCUUCAUCAAAGCAGUGGAGAACGGAGACAUCUCCUUUCCAGUCAUCCCAAACUCUAUCAACGUCACGGCCAUCAGAGCUCCUCCCACUACACAAUCACCCUCGUCAACCCAGAGUCACAUGACAUCAACUCCAGGUCACAUGACAUCAACUCCAAGUCACAUGACAUCAACUCCACCUGAGAACAACGCCAGCUCCUCCACUCCAGCUCCACCUGAGAGACGCGUUGCCUUUGGCCUCUCCUUCUCCUCUAACGAGACCUUCACCAGUAGCCUUGGCAACCACUCCUCUGAAGACUUCCUGAACCGCGUCAAUCUCACCAAGGCACAGAUUGAGCCCAUCUACCGAAACGUGUCUGGCUUCAUUGGACUGAACGUUCUGAACUUCAUGAACGGCUCGAUUGUGACAGACGCUGAGCUCAUCUUCCGCCCUGGCCAAGAUGGCGUCCUGAGUGCUGAGAAUGUGACUGAUGUCUUCAUCAGAGCGGUGGAGAGAGGAGACGUCUCCUUUCCAGUCAUCCCAAACUCUAUCAACGUCACCGUCAUUAGAGUUAUGACUACCCAAUCACCAUCAUCAACCCAGAAUCACAUGACCUCUACUCAGAGUACACACACAACCACAGUGGCUGCAGCUUCAGCUCCUGUGAUGAUGAAGAGCCUCCUCCUCCUCCUCCUCUGCUCCACAGCCAUCCUCACACUCAACCUCAUCUAGUUAACACACACACACACGCCCGCACGCACACGCACACAGGCGUGCACGCACACACACAGGUGCACACGCACACACCUCCUCUACGAUCAUACUCACUCUUAUCAUCUGGCUAUCAAGCACGCAAACACACACACACACCUCCUCUACUCUACGAUCAUCAUACUCAGCCUAGUCAUCUAGUUAUCGCACGCACGCACACACACACACACACACACACGCACA